UUUAGAAGAGAUGCACUUGUCUUUUUGCACAUAACUAUACAAACGUUUCCAGAAGAGAUUUACUGUCUCAUCCAUGUGAUAGAGCUGAGAGAGACUCCUGCCUGCAACCUUAGAGAAGCUGCUGCCAGUCUCUGUAGACAAUCCUGAGCUAGAUGGACCAAGCCUUGGGUCAUCUGACUCCUUGUAUAGCAGCUUCCUAUGUUCCUCCUUCCAAAGGGCCAUAAGAAUGCAUGGAGUUUCUGAAUGGCCAUUUGGAAGGAACCAGAGCUUUUUAGUGGGCAUUCCCUGUCAUUCAUUUUAGUACAUUCCCUAGAGCACCUGCCUUCUUGGCUGCAGAAGGUUCCAAGUUCCCUCCCUGGCAGCAUCUCCAAGAUAGGGCUGAGAGAGAGACUCCUGCCUGCAACCUUGGAGAAGCCGCUGCCAGUCGGUGAAGACAAUACUGGGCUAGAUAGACCAAUGGUCUGACUCAGUAUAUGGCAGCUUCCUCUAUCCCUAUGGGACGGGGACUUCCCAGCUGUGGAAUAAAAUCCAACACAUCCCCUCUCGUGGCUUUCUAAAAACCAUAGCAAAUAAGAACAUCAAGGAUCCCAUUAUAACAGGGGAAUGUGGCGUCUUUUUGCCUGAGCCUUCUGAUCCUUGCCUGCUGGUGAGAAGUCCAGGUUCUUCCCUGCUCCCCAGAGGGAGGGACAGGAAGGGCUGCAGGUAGAGGCUGUCUGGUGACAGUGGUGCAGGUGGGGGCUGUUACAUGUCACCUGUUCACGCCAUCCAGGUCAGGCCAGCUCAGCAACAGCCGGAAGCAGGCCAAGUUCAUGGCUGACCUUGCCUGGGAUUUUGCUACGAAAGAAGAUAGACCCCCGGCCUCCAGCCAGGCCAUUCAGCACACGGGCCAGUCUCGGAGGGUUCCCAAGGAGGGACGAUUCCACUGGAGCAAGUUCCGGGUCUGCUGAUGCUGCCAAGUCCCACUUGAUUGUCUCUCCAGAUGGCCGAGUCCAGGAGCUGCACCAGAAGCUGAAGGAAUCCAUGGGCGCCCACAUUUACCCUGCCGAGCAGGUCCUGUGAGAUCAUCGGGCUUCUCGGAGCAGAUGGACGCCCCACCCCCUUGUAGAGAUGCUCAAGAUUUUCCUCAACAAUGAAUGGCAUGACGCAGUCAGCAAGAAAACCUUUCCUACCGUCAACCCAUCCACAGGGGAGGUCAUCUGCCAGGUUGCCGAGGGAGACAAGGCCGACGUCGACAAGGCCGUGAAGGCAGCCCAAGAAGCAUUCAAGUUUGGAUCUCCUUGGAGACGGAUGGAUGCUUCCCACCGGGGCAAGCUCUUGAACCGCCUCGCGGACCUGGUCGAGAGGGACCGGGCUUACCUGGCUGCUCUGGAAACUUUGGACAACGGCAAGCCAUACGCCAUUAGUUACCUGGUGGAUUUAGACAUGGUUGUCAAACACCUCCGGUAUUAUGCAGGCUGGGCAGACAAAUUGCAUGGGAAAACCAUUCCCCUGGAUGGAGACUUCUUCACCUACACAAGGCACGAGCCUGUAGGGGUCUGUGGUCAGAUCAUUCCGUGGAAUUUCCCAUUGCUGAUGCAGGCGUGGAAGCUUGGGCCAGCACUGGCCACGGGGAAUGUGGUGGUGAUGAAACUGGCUGAACAAACCCCCCUGACCGGAUUGUACGUGGCCAGUCUGGUCAAAGAGGCCGGAUUCCCUCCCGGUGUGGUGAACAUUAUUCCUGGCUUUGGACACACAGCAGGGGCUGCGAUCUCCUCCCACAUGGAUGUGGAUAAAGUGGCGUUUACAGGUUCCACUGAGGUUGGGCACCUGAUCCAGAAAGCUGCAGCAGAGAGCAACAUGAAGAGAGUGACUCUUGAGCUUGGUGGAAAGAGUCCCAAUAUCAUCAUGUCUGAUGCUGACAUGGACUGGGCCGUUGAGCAAGCCCAUUCUGGCUUGUUCUUCAACCAAGGACAGUGUUGCUGUGCUGGCUCUCGAACAUACGUCCAAGAAGAUAUAUACCACGAGUUCGUGGAGAGGAGCGUUGAGCGCGCCAACACCAGGGUAGUCGGAAACCCAUUUGACUUCAAAACAGAGCAGGGACCUCAGGUUGAUGAAUCUCAGUAUAAGAAGAUCCUUGGAUACAUUGGUACUGGCAAGAAAGAAGGAGCCAAAUUGCUCUGCGGUGGCAACCCAGCGGCAGACAGGGGAUACUUCAUCCAGCCAACCAUCUUUGGAGAUGUACAGGACAGCAUGACUAUCGCUAAAGAGGAGAUAUUUGGGCCAGUCAUGCAGAUUUUCAAGUUCAAAACCAUUGAGGAGGUAAUCCACAGAGCAAACGACACCAAAUAUGGGUUGGCAGCUGCCAUUUUCACCAGAGAUAUUGACAAAGCCAACUACAUUUCCCAGGGUUUGCGUGCUGGAACCGUCUGGAUAAAUUGUUACAACGUGUUUGGCACUCAAGCUCCAUUUGGUGGGUACAAAGCGUCUGGACAAGGCCGUGAGGGGGGAGAAUAUGGUCUAACACCAUACACAGAGGUGAAAACGGUGACCAUCAAAGUUCCACAGAAGAAUUCUUAAAGGACAUUCCACCUCUUGUAUCUGAAACCAUCCAUGUAUGCUGUUUUAAUGUGUUAGCAGCAUGAAGAUUUAAGUAGCGAGACCUCCUUUGUGAAGCAAGCCCUCACCUCCGCAACCUAAGAAGCACAUACAGUAUAAUUUCUUAUGUUUCAAAAAAGUUUACUAUUCCGCGUAUAUUUUUCUUUGCACAAACCUUUCUCUGUAUGUUAAUUACAUACUGGAAGAUCUGAAUAACUUACUGCUCAAAUCUCCAUUUCUGUCUGUUUAGAACAUCCUAUGGCUGUAUGAUGCCACUUUUAUAAAAUUUUGAAUGUGUCUGAGGGUUUUCAGAAGCAGACGAAGUGUGUUGUCAAAGUGCUGAGCCGGUUUUUCACUUCUUCGUGUGUCACCUGAACAGAAAAUACCCCUUUUUUAUACAAACUAGAAUAUUCUAAAAUGAACUACUUGUUCUGACUAUCAAAUGCUAUGAAGCCAGAGUAUUUUCUGCCUGUUCUCUUUGCUCAUAUAAAUAAAUACAACAAAUUUCAUAGUAAAA